AAAAAAAAAAAUACUCUGGUGUAGAGCCUACCAUUGAAUUGUAAAUACCGUUGUUGGAUAAUGAGACGGUACGGUGAAAAUGAUUAAUGUCACUAAUAAUGGACAAAACCAAUGAAUACUUUCUACAUGUUUCUACGUACAGUUUGGAUGUAUGGUCCGCGACUGGUGCACAGUAAAUAGUAGUGGCUGAGCAACCGUUGUUGUUGAAUUAACCGUUGGGUAAAUAACGAUCGAUGAAAAUCCGCGAGUAGGUUAGAACAAUGGAACCGUCGCAAACGUGCAAGCAAAUGCUGUUGAUCGUCACACACGAACUGCGGUUAGAGCCGAAACGUCGCGGCGUGGUUUGGUCUUGAAGAACGAACAAUGAACGCUCAAAACCACGGAAUAAAUUAUGGCGGAUGACCGACACAAACAACGAACGUUUCACGGAAAUAUUGACGUUACAACACUAUUAUUUAAUCGAUAUCAUAGACAGCGCACCCAGCACAGGUUUAUUCACGAAGCGCGUAAGUAGUACGAUGCAAGGUUUAACGGAGAAUAUUUUACAUUUCGAUUGAUAGGUUAACUUUUCCAAUACCCGUAAGAAAUUGGCGCGACACGGUGUGCAUAACCUAUACGAGAACGUGAGCGAAACUAUAACGAUACCGUAACGGAUUUUACCGGGAAAAUAAUGACAAACAAAUAUUUUCUGGUCCAACAAGCAUUAUCAUGUGGCAUGAUGUUCGUUUCUUCCACGGUUUAAGAUAUAUAUCUUGUAUAUCUUAAACCGCGGUUUCUUCUAUGAAACCAUUAUCACUACGAGCCACGAUUUUGGACAACACAGAUUGUAAUGAUAGUGUGUACCUCGAAUUGUGGCUCGUGCUGUUAUAGCGUACCGUUUUAACUACGAUUCUGCGAUUUGUUUUUGACUAAACACCUACAUUUUUAGUGAAAACAUUUGUCGUUUAGCACUUUAGAUAGAUGGAGAUCUGUGUUGAUAACAUAGAGUCUGCUAUAAAUGCAGUUACUGGAGGAGCGCACAGGCUAGAACUAUGCAGUGCAUUAAGUGAAGGAGGAUUAACGCCAUCAUUGGGGCUUUUUAAAACAUUAAAAACAAUGAUUGAUAUUCCCAUUUUUGUAAUGCUAAGACCAAAGAGUGGUUAUGAUUUUGAGUAUUCAGAUUUAGAGAUGAAAGUUAUCCUUAAAGAUUUAACUUUAUUCAAAGAUGCUGGUGCUGAUGGAUUUGUUUUUGGUGCUCUUUCUUCUGGUAAUAUAGAUAAAGUAGCAUGUUCAUCAAUCAUUUUAGCUGCUGAUCCAUUGCCUGUAACAUUUCAUCGAGCAUUCGAUGUUGUAACAAAUAAUCCUUUAAAAAUGGCAAAAGAAAUAAGUGAUAUGGGUUUCAAACGAUUAUUAACUAGUGGAAGGUGUAGUCUAGCUGUUUCUGGAAUUGAUUUAAUUAAAGAUUUAGUUGAAGCAAUGAAAGACAGUUUAAUUAUAAUUCCUGGAUCUGGUAUUAAUGUUGGAAAUCUUGAGAGUAUUUUAGUUAGAACAUCGGUACGUGAAUUUCAUACAUCAGCAAAAGUAUUAAAACAAAAUGUAUCUACAAAUAGUAUAUGCUUAGAUUCAAAUGGUAAAGCACAUUUAGUUUAUGUUACUCAGUCUAAUAUUGUACGAGAAUUACUCAAUAUUUAUAAAAAUUGUACUGAACAACAUUAAUACAUUUAAUACCACAAUUAAU